AUGUUCGUAGAUUUAUCAAGAAGAGGAAGAGCCUAAGUAAUCUAGGAGAAUUAUCAGCCAUCUAUCAAUGCUAGAGAGAGCAUUGAUUCUUAGAGAGACUUACUCAAUCUUGAGGAAAAUAAAGCUAAUGAUAUCUCUGAAUCUGCAGAAGAAGUAGAACAAAGAAUACAACAGGCUGCUUAAAACAGAGCAAGAAGAGGCAUACCUGCAGAUGCUCAUGAAAUUACUAGCCAAGAGUAAAGUUAAGAAAUUUGGAGACUUGUAUUCUGUAUAUUAUUUGAUCUCAUUGGGGUGUUCAUUAGUGUAAAUAUUGAGUUCUUCAAUGAUGAAUCAUGUGAGAUGCCAAUUAAGUUCUGGUUUUUGGUUUAUGGAAUUAUGAGUAUCAUCUCAGCUUUAUAUAAUGCUGCUUAUAUCAGAGAAAUCAUGAAGCUAUAUAUUGCCAAAUCAUCUGAAUCAUUCUCAUUCCUGAUUGAUAUGUAAUCAAUUCUGCUCAAACUAAUCUAAAUUAUUAUGUUGACAAUACUCAUUCUAAUCUGCUGCCCCUUGAUGCUAUUUUGUGGUUAUUUCAGAAACAACAGACCUCAAGCUGCUGAUAGUGGAAUUAUAAAAAAUCUGAACAAGUAAACCUUUGAAGAUUUUUUGGCUUUCAAAAGAUUCCUUAGGAUUUAGAGAAACUCAAAAAGAAAUGCAAGCGUGGUAUAAUCAUCUUCAUCCAGCGAUAUAAUUGCAAGAAACUCAAAUGUAAACAUUGAUAGCCAACCAUUGCUUUAAGAGGAGAAUAAUGCUACAAUUAGCCCAGAAAAUCCAUAUUUGAAUAUAUAAAAUGAUGAAGAAUCUGAUCUCACUUGUGCUAUUUGCUUAGAUGAGUUUUAAUAGGGAUAGGAGGUAGUACCACUUCCCUGCAAAAAUCAUUCUUUCCAUUUGGACUGUAUAGAAACUUGGCUAAAAAAGAAUUCGAAUUGCCCUGUUUGUAGGUUUAAAGUGACAAAACAAAGUCUUUAGGAACUUAAGAAAGAAAUUGCAAGUGUCCAAAAAUCAAUUAAAGAACAAAAAAGACUAAGCAUAAAAGCUAAACCUAGUGAUGAUUCAAUUAAUACUUCUAGAUCAUCCAGUAAAAGUAAAAGCAUAUUUAAAUGA